GGGCCUCUCCCCAGGUGCCCUUCCUCUUUCGUCCCUUCUGCUAGGGAUUACUGCUGUGGAAUUUGGACAGACCAGCGGCAGCAUCCAGCCAGCUGAGCUUUGGGCACUCCAGAGGCAGUCAGGCCCCACGGAGUGGGGAGAGCCACUGGUUCUGGAUAGGAGACGCUUAGAAAGGACGAGGAUGGCUGAGAAUAAGCUUGUUCCCGAGUGGAAACAUAUGAAAAACCUUAUCAGCAAUGUCUUGAAUAAACGCAUGCAAAAGCAGUUACAUCCAGGUGCCGUGAUUUCCCUGAGUGACCACCCUGAGAUUGUGUUCUCCGAGACCUACCACCCCCAGAAAAUGCCCACCAUCUGCCACUAUUUCACUGAUGCCCACUACUAUGCCUCCUUGGGCUGGGUGAAUGGGAAGGAGAUAAAGGCAGUGGUGUGGGUGCAGCUAAAGGUCUAUAACCGUGAGGUGGAGAAGAGAAUUUUCCCUAUGUAUGAGCAUCUGCCUCCUGUCGAGGCUUUGGUGCAUGCCGGGGACCAUCGCGUGCUGGCUGCUUACUGUGGGGAUAUGUUCCUUCGCAUCUUUGGAGACCAUACUCGGUCACUGCGGACCCUGUGUGUCGUGCCCUGUCGUUUCUCCAUCAACUGCCUAGCCUAUGACCCCAAGUCAGAGAUGCUGCUCGCCGGUGUUGCUGGGGCUGUGGUCAUGUGGAUCAUUGAGCCCAGUGGGCGAGGACUGCACCUUGCCAAGGAGGUGUUUAUGGCUGGCAAUGAGCUGGUGCAGGACAUCUCCGUGGCUGGCCCCAGUGGGAAGAUGGUGGUGCUCUGUGAGAGCCUGGUGCGCAUCUUCAGACGGUUAGGCCGGGACAAGUUCGAGGAGGUCAAGGUCUUCACCUCUCCGAGCAGCGGCUUACCUGUUACCUGCUCUUUCACCUGCAGCGCCCAGGGGUACCUCUAUACAGGCAAUAAAGAAGGACAGGUCCAGGCCUGGAACCUAGACCGCUCCCAUACUUUUUUCAGCUUCCAGGCCCACUCCAAGGCAGUGGUGUGCAUCCGCAGCCGGCCUGAGAACCACACCCUGCUCACAGCUGGGAGAGAAGGCAUGGUCAAGGAGUGGAACCUGACCUUGGGCAUGCUCCUUCGGCAAGUGAACCUGGGGGAAAAACUGAUCAACCUGGAGUUCUUCAGAUCCAAGGCCUUCUUCUCCCAGACCACCACCACCUUCUCGGUAUAUCAUCUGCCCUGCUUCUAUCGGCUCUUUCACGUCUGUGGGUCCACUCCUCAGGAGGUGCGUCAGAUCUGCUGCGGUAGCAACUCCUCUCGCAUCUCCUGCUACACUCAGGAUGGCCUCCUGCGUUUCCUGUGCCCUCUGACCGGGGAGCUCCUGCUGCUGACCUGGCCCUUUGCCCUCCUGGAGCAAGCCGUCGACUGGACCUAUGACCCUGACCGGGAGGAGAUCUUCGUGGCCACGGGCAGAGCGGACGUGCUGGUGCUGGACGCUAGUCGCUGUCCGAGCACCGCCAAGUACUUCUUGUGUGCCUCCUCAAAUGCUGAUGACAGGGUGCAGUGUCUGGCCUACGGGAGGCCCCAGCUGAGCCGGGGGCUGGAGGGUUUAGUGUUCUGCGGGCACGAGAGCGGCAUGGUGAGGGUGCUGUCUCAGCAUCACUAUGCCCGCAUUACCAAGCACUUGCACUCUGCCACAGUGCUGGCGCUUGCCACCUCGGUGGGAAUGCCCUGCAGCUCCCGGGAGAACUCCCUCGUCUGUUCCUACGGCAUGGACGACUAUGUGCACUUGUCCGAGGUCGUCCUCGAAGGAACCACAGUGAGCCUGGUGACCCUCACCAGCAUUCUCUGCAGCUGCAAGCUUAGUCAGCUGAUCCUACUGCCCAAAUCAGUCAGCGCUAUCACUGAAACCAAUCGCCUGCGCCUCUGGCACUACCAGGACUUCCUCAUGUCGCCGGACAGUAAGCCGGAGGACUGCUUCUUGGAGACUAAGCCCCUGCACCUGAACGCCAUCACUUCCUUCGACAUCUGCCUCAACUUGGGUAUCUUCGUCACCGGGGCUAGCGAUGGCUCCGUCAAGCUCUGGGACCUCCAGGGCACACUCUUGACCCAUUUUGACUCGGCCCUCAAGUUCCAGGCUCUCUGCUUUGCCAAUGACCGGGGCGACCUGCUUGUGUCCGUCCACCAGAGUAUCUACUUGGUGUCUUGCCUGAUGCUUCUCCCUACUGCUCUCUUGAGCCGCCUGCUGGCCAUGAACAUACCCGACACAGUGAAGGAGACCCCCAAACCCUUCUUGCCGGGUUUCUUCUUGUCCUUUAAGAGCAUCAGCGUGCCCCGCUACCGCUACGUAGGCAGUGGGCAGCAGAAGCUGGAAGGGCUGGAGACACUGCUCAACUUCAGGGCCGUUACCUUCGACCACUCAGUCCCCCACGUGGUGCAGGAGGGAGGAGGCCUGAUUCUGGCGGCCGAGGACACGUACAGCGAGAAACACCGGCUCUGCUUCUCUGCCGAAGAGACGAAGCAGAGCCAGCUCCAGAAGCAGAUGCGUUCUGUGCCCUCUGGCCCCCGUGCUGCCCAGCUGCUGAGCUGGCACGGAAUGAACAGAUAUCCGCUGCUGUGCAAGUUUUUUGGCCAGGGGCGAAAAUGGAUCAUAGCGCCUGACGGCUACAUCCCUAACUCGGUGGUGCGGGCUUUCCUCUGGCCGGAGGGCACUCCUGUCUUUCUGAUCCCUGGGGACAUCUCCUCCCAGGCCGUGGAGCCAGAAUGGCCUCGGGAACGACCGGAGCUUCCGUUCGGAGUGGAACCACCCGUGGUGCAGGAUCAAUUCAGCAUCCAGCGCCUGUUACGCCAGCCCCGCCUGCGCUGGGCUAGGCGCCCCGAGACCGUUUCUGAGUCGCCCCGCGACGUCUUCAUCGACGUCCGCACCAGGCUGUCGCAGACGUUGAGCAAGGGGGCCGUGGACAACAUGAUACAGACCCUCCUCAGCAUGAUGACCAACUCGAACCCGGAGAAGUACGAGAAGUGCAUCAACGCCCUGGCGCAAAUCUUUGCCGCCUACCAAGUGUCCCCCAGUCUGCGCUCGGCCACCGCCAAACACCUGAUCGACUACACCUCCCACCUCCUGGCGGCCUUCCGCAAGCUGGCCUGGGAGGGGCUGCAGAAGCUGGGCUUCCUCAGCCACUUGUUUGCCAUCCCCUUGGCCUGGGGGCUGCUAGACAUGAACACUGAAGUACGAGGCAAAGCCUGGGACCUCAUCGUCGGUGUCGCGGGCAUCAAAACGAAGACGGAGCUCCUCAACCUGCUUCUGCGGGAUGACAUCUUCUUCGAACUGCAGAACCAACGCACAGGAAAUGAAAGUCUGGAUCAGAUCCUGGGGAUUCGGCCAGUGGACCUGCAGAUCCUUUCUAGUCAGGUGGACAGAUACCUUGAGGAAAACCUGACCAAACAGGAGAGAGAAAAAGAGGUAUCUCUGUCCUUAGAAGUCACAGAGCUGGAAGAGAUGGAGAUGAUGGAGACAAUUGAGCACACUAAAAGGCCUUUCAAUCUCUCCCCUGAGCAUUCCCCAGAGCCUGCCAAGCCUCCCAAAGCAGGCAAACUACGUGGGCACCAACCAACCAAGAAGCUGCUGACCAAAACUCUCAAGAAAUUAAAAGAGGGACGCAAGAAAUCAAGAGAAGGCGGACACAAGAAGUUGAUAAAAGAAGAGGGACUCAUGAAAUCAACAGAAGAAGAAGGAGAAGAAGGACCCAUGACAUUAGAAGAGAUGCCCAUCGUGCUGCCUUCUGAACACAAGGAGACAGAAGCUAUUGAGAAAACAGUGGUUCAGAGAAGAGAUACUUGGACAUCUCCUACACCAUCCUCAGCCCUUCUCUCAGUGACUUCGGAUGUGUGCAAACGCAGUAUCUUGGAAACCUGGUCCCCUCCACCAGAAACCCUGCCUGACUACGUGGAAGUGAGCCUGAAGGUCAUGAGGAGAACUCGCAGCAAAAGAACCAAGAAAAAGAAGCGUGAAAUGAGCAGGAAGAAAGAAGCAGAAAGGGAAACUGAGCAAAAAGUGGAGGAGGAGGUCCAGGACGUAGUGGAAGCCCCCCCCAAACCUGAGAAAAAGCCAAGGAUGCAGGUUACUUGGCGGGAUGACAUUUGCCAGCUCAUGACCCUGCAUAUUUCCACCCCACAGGAGAGCAUGGCCAAGGACUUGAGUGAUGAGCUGGUGACCUUGGCCCGGGAAGUCCUCCUGGAGCAGCAGCCCAGCUGGACACUCUUUCAGGAGAUCGGCCCUCGGUUGAAGGAGCCAAGCCCAGAGCCAGUCGAAGACAUACAAGGAGAUGUGGAGGAGAUGGAAGGAGAAAUGGAGGGAGAGGCAGUGGAGGAACUGGAACUCACCCCUCCUUCCUCCUCCAAAACCAGGCAAAAGAAAGUCUUCUUCCUUGAAGAGCGCCAUUUCACUAAGCAAGAAAUGAGGCUGUCCAGGCAGGUAAAGAGACUGGCCAGGAAGGAGAGGAAGCUUGCCAGAGAGGAGCAGGAGCUGGCCAUAGCAGAGAACAGACUGGCCCGGAGAGGGGACCAGCUGAGCAGGGAACACGAAUUGCUGGCCAAGGAGCAGGAGGCGCUGACCAAGGAGCGAGACAACUUGACCCAAGAAGAGACGUUUGUGAUCCAGGGAGAGGACAUCCUGAUCCGGGAGGACACGAAACCUGAAGAAUUCAAGUUGUUCAAAGAGGAAAUGAAGGCAGCCAAAAAAACCAUUAGACUGAGCAGGGAGGAGAGGAGAAAGUCCAAAGAAGAAAGCGCAAAGGCCAGGGAGCCAAAGAAAAGGGACAAGGGACUUUUCCCCAAGGAUCUCGAAGCCACCCCAGAGGAGAAGCUGCUGGUCACCAUUGAAAGGAAGCAGAUCAAGGACAAGAUGGACAUCCUAAAGCUGAAGAUGGAAGAAGCUCAGGAGGAAAGAAUUCGGGCCUGGGAGGACCGGAUGAAGGCCCAGGAAGAAAGAGAGCUGACUCUUUUUGCAAAGCAUGCCCUGACAGAAGCACCGAGGGCAGAGGCCAAAGGUGUGCUGGGCUGGUCCCCUGAGGAGAAGAUGAUUACCGAAGAAGAGUGGAGACUGACUCUGGUGGAGCUGGAGGUGAUCCAGGAAGAAAAGAGGCAGGCUCAGAAGGAGCUGACGCUGACCCAGCAGGAAAUGACGGUGGUCCAGAGAGAGAUGGGGCUGAACCAAGAGCAGCAGGCGCUGAUGGACCAGGAGAUCAGGCUGCUGAUGGAGGAGCAGAGGCGGGCCCGGGAGGAGGGCACUGAGGAGCACAGGCUCCGGCAGAAGCGGAGGGAGGGAAGGGCUCUCCCCGGGGAGCGGGAGGAGGAGCAGGCGCCCAAGGCUGAUACCCAGGGAGCAAAGAGACUUCGUCACAAGAUGAGAGCGGCGCCACCCACCGGAGAGCAAGAGCUACAGCCAGAGAUGGUGGAAGAGGGAGGGGAAGGGGGAGAGGGGGGAGAAGGAGGAGAGGAGGAGGAGGAGGAAGAGGAGGAGGAGGAGGAGGAGGAGGAGGAGGAGGAGGAGGAGGAAAAGCUGUUGAUGGAAGGUCAGGCGCAGCCCGCGAAAGGGAAGAGAUCCAGCAUGGAAGAAGAGGAGCCGUCUGCUGGGAGGCAGAGGGUGCUCCUUAUCUGGAGGCACCUGAUCCAGAAAGAGCUUGAGACAACCAAGAAAGAAAAGAAGCUGAUCAUUAAGAAGAUGGAACUGGUCAAAGAAGAGAAGCUAGUGGGCCGGAAAUUACUAGAAACAGUCGACAAGGCCUGGACGAGGCAUCUGAUGGAAAUUAAGAAGACUGAGGAAGAGAUCAAGGCAGCCCGAGAUGAGCGCAGGUGGCUCAGCCUGAAAAGGCAGCAGCUCUCCGAAGGGAGGACGCUGUCCAAGGACUUGCCUCUGGAAGAAAAAGGCGGGAGCCCGGAGUCCGCAAAACUACGAGAGGAGCGAAAGAGGCUGAUGCUGAUUGAGAAGAGGCUGGCUGAAGAGGAGAGGGAAAUCAUCCAGGAGCACAGGACACUGUCCAUGGAGAAAAAGCUGCUGAUGAAAGAGCAGAAGAAGCUGACGAAGAAAGAGAAGGAAAUCACCAGGAGGGAGGGCGAGCUGGCUUUGUGGGAAAGAAAGAUGACUUCAGAGGAGAACCUGAAGGGGGAACAAAUCGCGAUUCAACACAUGAGUGAUAGCAUGGAAUUCAUGCGAUGGCAAAGGAGGAAGCUUCUGGAGCUCCAGAGGGCCGAAGCCACACAGGAGGCUGAGAAGGACAAGUCCGUGUUUACGGAGGAGGGCAAGCUGGCCGCCAAGGAGGAAGAGGAGGAGGAAGAGGAAGAGGAAGAAAGAGAACAGGAAGAGGAAGAGGAGGGAUCAUUUCUAUCUGAGGAAGAAAUGGCUCCUGCUGAGCCUGCCAGGGAGAUGACUCCUGCCGAGGAAUCGGGCCAACCAAAGGAUCUUGGCGAGGCUAUUCAGACUAUUCAAGCGGUGGAUGAGAAGGAUGCCAAAGUCAGAUGGAAGGAUGUCACGGUGAAAAAGGCUGGGCUGGAAGUUAAGGGGAAAACGAUGCCUCGGAAAGAGACACCACAGAAAUCGACUUCAGAGCUCCUGCAGCCACCACAGCAGAUCAUGACCGCCAGCGAAUCCCGGGAAGAGAUGCUGAAGUUAAUGCUCCUUGCCAGGGCCAAGCGCAGGCCCAGACCCCCACCCAAGCUAAAGGACUCAGUGACCUCGGCCCUGAUGCUCUUGAAGGUCAAGAAGGUUCAGUCAUCUGAAGCGCGCCCAGAGAUCCCUGCCCGGGACAUCAUGGGACCUGCUGCUGUGGUUCCCCCGAAGAAGUUGCCCAGAGACCGCUGGAGGUGGUUUCUGCGGAUUCACCAGACUGUCAGAGCCUUCACGGACACCGUGGCCCGACACAGAAAAACUCUGGCUUUUGUGUGUAGUGCAUUCUCCCACAUGACCCACAAAGGAGGCUGGGACCGAUUCCAGUCUGCCCUGAGGAAGAUUCGUAAACAAGGGAAGAUCACCAAAAGAAACAUGGACUACCUUUGCCAGCUGCUGGAGCAGACCUCACCCUUGAAGCAGCUGGAGUGGGUGCAGAUGGCCAAUCUGGAGGCCAUUGCCUCCCACUGGGAGGUCCCCAAGCCUCCCCGACCAGUCCCUGAGCAUGCUGCUCGUGUCCGCCCCACUGUGGAAGUCAUCCCUCCACAGGCAGAAUACCCCAGGCUUCCACCCAGAAAAGACCUCCUGGGGCCUGAGCUUCCCCCUCUCUCCAGGCCAUCUGUUCACUAUGGCCUACUCACCCACUUGGUUGCCUCAAGUAAGGCCACAGACAGGAGACCAGAGUUCCUUGAACCAGUCAUGAAAGACCUGGCUAAGAUUUCUCCCCUUUACUCAGCAAAGAUCCUUGAGAUCUUAACGCUCCAGCGAAAUGUUCAAUUCUGGAAGGCCAAGAUAAGGGACCAUCAGCUGUCUAGGGUGAAGGCAAAGAAAGUAUUUCUGCCCCCUGCAGUGAGGCCUGGAGCCCCAGGAAGACUCCCACCCACUACAGCAAGGCUUGGACCCCCAGAAGGAUUCCUGCCCACUGUAGCCACACGGAAGACCAGGCCCCGGCCCCUGCCCCUACCCUUUUCAGUGAAGACAGAUGCAAAGAAGAAGAUGCAGUGGGAGACCUUCCUGGCUCUCUACCACGUCCUCCUAGCAGUGCAGAAGCAGGAGAAUCAAUCCACAAGCUCCACGUUGAUAGACCAGGUCUGCCACAUUUUAGAUCUCUACCAAGUCAAGACUCCAAAGAUGCAGCGGCUGCUACAGGAGCUCUCAGACCAGAAAGCCCAGCCCCUUCAACAGAUCAUCUACAAAAAAGCCUUGCAGGUCACAGAGCUGGUCCCUGGAGAGCGGAUCCUCUACCAUCUCCUGUGUAACAAUGAAUUGACCCCACCAGAGCCACUCACCUUCCAGUUGGUGGUGCCUCUGCCAGAGAAGAACCAGGUGCACACUGUCAUGCCCUUGGGUAAGACCCGCUAUGGCCUCCUGGAGCUAGCCUGGAGGAGCCUGCCUCAACCAGACCCCCAUCAGGCUGAGGUUCUGCCCCAAAUUCCCACUGCUACCUCCCAAUGAUUCCAGGUCCUCCUGGGCCUCUCCUUCUUCCCUCCCACCCCCCAGAUACUUAUCCCUGUGGGGUUAGGGAAAAGAUGCCAGGUGGGCAGAUGAGGACCAAUGAGAGAUGUCCUCUUGCUGAGCUCCUCCAGGGUUGGGCCCCCCCAAUCUCCCCAGUUUUUUGAAUCCCUCUUCCCUGCUGCCAUCAAGUCCCCCUCUCCAAUGUGCUCAACAGACCCACUUAGCUUAUGGUGCUGUCAUGGCCCUCCUGAAAAGUCCAGGUUUCUUCUAACUCUGCUGACCAUUGCAUGGAUUCCAAGUCACCAAGGGAGCCAGGAAUUGAAGGAAGAAGCUGUUAGUGGUUCUCCAAACCAGCCACUCAAUUCCCUCUCCUCCACCCAGCUACUGACUGAACAGGAGAAGGAAAAAAAUCUGCUGACAGGGAGAAAGGCAUGGCUGAGCCUUAGCCACAGAGCUUCCCUGGGUGCCCAGGGAGAGGGGAUCUGUACAAAAAAGCCAAGGGAGUGAAAACAAUUUGGAGCCAGUUGCAAAGAAACAAGGGCAAAUGGGAAUUGGUCUCUUUGCUAUGAAAGGCUCAUUCAGGAGAAGGGUCUGGAGUUGGCUGUCUAGUGCUUCUGUAACUUCUCACAGCCUCAAAAGGGGCAGGGUUGGAGCCUUUGACCUUCUGCCUAUGUCAAAUAAAAGUUGCAAUUAUCAUCUUCCCCAAAACUCUGGCUUGGCUUGGGGGGGAUGUUGUGGGGGGUACUGGCUGGAUGCCAGGAAACAACAAAGAGGUGGAGUCAUUGCUUCAGGAGACAUAGGAAUGGUCCUGGGUCUCUUCUGCCACCACUCCAGCACCAUUUGUCAAUUUCAGAAGAUCAAGUGUCCCAGGUUCCCAACCCCAGGGUUCUUCUCAACUCUUACUCAUAUCCAAGCUGUGGCCUUCUCCUCUGAAGCAUCUCUUGUGGAUUUCACCCUAGCUACAGCAUCUCAUGUCUUGUGGAUUUCACCUCUAUCUUACAGCAUUUCUUGUGGAUUUCACCUCCAUCUACAGCAUCUCUUGUGGAUUUCACCCUAUCUACAGCAUCUUUUGUGGAUUUUCACCUCUAUCUACAACA